CUCAAACCCUAGAAUCAGUGCAAUAGUUCGUCAUCGAUCCACCCAGGUAAUCUCCCAUAUCUCUCAGUUCACAUCCUCACCCCAGUCUCGCAUAGGCAACUCCCUCCCUUCUACCCGCUACCACUAAGGACUCUAAGAGACCUUCAGGUUCAGGUUGAGCACAAUAUAAUUUCACAUCAGUGACUCAUUUUAUGUAAUGUUUGCGAAGCCGUUACCAUGUGUGCUGCAAGGAACCUUCAAAAACACUGCCUCAGAACCCUCUCUUCUUCCAUUAUCAACUAUACCUCCGAGCAUGCAAUGUUACGAAGAGACAUUUGGCCGAGAUUCGUACCUGUCAAUGUGGCACAGCCAAAAUUUUCAAUCAAAGAUGACAUUUUUCCGCAAAUUAAGGUUUUAAAUUGCUUCGAUGGGUCUCGAGCAAUGUCAACUUCUAGAGGAAGGAGCAUGAGAAGCAAAGUGGAGGCGCGGAUGCGUAAAGAGUCUGGGAAAACCCUAAGGGAGAUUCGGCGGGCAAAGAAAAUAAAGAAGAAGCUGAUGACUGAUGAGGAGCGCCUUAUUUACAACCUCAGAAGGGCUAAGAAAAAGGUGGCAUUACUUCUACAGAAGUUGAAAAAAUAUGAACUACCAGAGCUGCCAACUCCACGACAUGAUCCUGAGCUUUUGACCCCUGAGCAGCUUCAAGCAUAUAAAAAGAUUGGUUUUAGGAAUAAAAAUUAUGUGCCUGUUGGUGUUCGUGGAGUCUUUGGAGGAGUUGUCCAAAAUAUGCACCUCCACUGGAAGUUCCAUGAGACCGUCCAAGUUUGUUGUGAUAACUUCCCCAAGGAAAAAAUCAAAGAUAUGGCAACCAUGCUUGCAAGAUUGAGUGGUGGUAUUGUGGUUAACAUUCAUAAUGUCAAAACUAUUAUCAUGUUUCGUGGCAGAAACUAUCGUCAACCAAAGAAUUUGAUACCUAUCAACACCCUUACAAAAAGGAAGGCAUUAUUCAAAGCCAGAUUUGAACAAGCACUUGAAUCUCAAAAACUAAAUAUUAAGAAAACAGAGCAGCAGCUCAGGCGGAUGGGAGUUAACCCCGAGGACCCAGUUGCCAUGGCCAGCAUCCAGAGAGUAGCUUCCACAUUCUUCAAUGCCAUUGAUAAAAAAGAAGGAACCCCUUAUGUUUUCCAGGAGGACAAACACAGCACUAAUUUACAGCAGCAAGAACUCAGUGAAGACAGUGAGCAGGAGGAGCUUGACAAAUUCAUAGCUGAGAUAGAAGAUGCAGCUGACAAAGAAUGGGCUGCUGAGGAAGCAGCAGAAAAGGAAGAACUGAGCAUAAUUAGAUAUCGUCACAGAGAAGAUUUGGGUGGGAGAUUCAGACGAUCUGGAACGGCUGGAAGUGAGGACUCAGAUGAUGAGAUUAGAGGAAACGCUAGGAGCUGGAAGGGUGCACGUGGCAAGAAGAGAGUUGAUGAUAGUGAGGAUGAAGACGAUGACAUUGAUGAGGAUGAUGUUGGAUCGGAUUCCAUUGAUGUAGUAGAUACGAAUGAGCAUGGGAUUGACUCAGAUGAAGUUCGUGACAAAUAUGAUGUACGUACUGUAGGAAGGCCUGGUAGGAUUGGUAGAGGUAAAUUUAAUCACAAAGAUUUCAGGAGAAACGCUGAAGCAAAAUUGAAGGGAAAGAUGGUGGAAGAAGAUUCAGGGUCAGAAGAUAUGUUAAGUGAUCUGGAAGAUACCAUGUGGGCAUCAGAAGAUGGGGAAGAAGAACAGGACAUAGCAAAAUCAAGAGCAAAGAGUUCUGAUUAUGUGAGCAGCAGCGAUAAUGAAGACAGAUGAGUGGGUGGUGGUGAAAAUGGUACUUUCAUCGAUAUAUUUUUAAGCUAUGCUACUUUCAUAGAAAUCUAAAUGCUCUGCAUAUCAAAAAAGUUUUAUAAACUAUUCUUACUAAUUGUAGUCCCAUAACGCCCUACAAAACUAGCGGGCUGACAUUUUUGUCAUAGGGAUUGAGGUUUUUGCGAUGCAGCAUAACACCCUAUCAAAAUAUUUUUGAUAAAAGGAGCUGUUUUAUUCGUGUAAUAAGAGUUUUAGUUAGUUCAAAUGGGGUAUAAUGUCCUGUGGGGG